CAGAGUCCAACGCACAUGUAUUUAUAGCAUUUAAAUAAUAAAAUAAUAAAAUAAUAAAAUUGAUAACAACACAUUCAAAAUAAUAAUUAAAAAUAAUAAAAAAACUCGGUUUUGUAUCCUAAGUCCGAGUACUACCACAGAGGAAGAAGAAGAAGAAGAAGAAAAAGAGAGAACAGAGAAAGACGGGUAAAUGGAGAGCAUAGCAGCGUGGCAAACGGCUACUCUAUGUGGAAUAGUGUUGUGGAUAAUUAUAGCUUCGUACCUCAAUGUGACCCAGAAGCUGAGAUCUUUACUGCAACCAUGGGUGACUCGCCUUGUUAUUGCAGGGACUCCUUUCAUCCUCCAGAUCCAGAAUUACCAGCAUAAGUUUUUGGAUGGUCUUUUUUCUGGAUUGUCCUGUGUUGUUUCUGUGCCCUUCUACACUGCUUUUCUUCCAUUGCUCUUCUGGAGUGGGCAUGGAAAAUUGGCUAGGCAGAUGACCCUGUUGAUGGCUUUCUGUGAUUAUCUCGGAAACGUUAUAAAAGACGUGGUAUCAGCCCCUAGACCAAAAUCCCCACCUGUUAGAAGAAUAACUGCUACGAAGGAUGAGGAAGAUAACGCAUUGGAAUAUGGAUUGCCAUCUUCUCACACCCUUAACACAGUUUGCUUAUCUGGGUUUCUUUUGCACUAUGUCCUGUCUUAUAGUCAACAUGAAGAACCUUCUCUGAAAUUUGCUGGAGUUUCCCUUGUUUGCUUGUUUGUGGGCCUCAUUGGUUUAGGAAGAAUUUACCUAGGCAUGCAUAGCGUGGUCGAUAUCGUAGGUGGGCUUGCUUUUGGAAUGGUGAUCCUUGCAUUUUGGCUUACAGUUCAUCCAAAGAUCGAUGAGUUUGUGGUCUCAGGACAAAGCGUUACAACCUUUUGGGCCGCCCUAAGCCUCUUGUUGCUCUUUGCUUAUCCUACACCAGAGUGGCCAACUCCAAGUUUUGAGUACCACACCGCCUUUAAUGGUGUUGCAUUGGGAAUUGUAUCCGGUGUCCAGCAAACAUACCAUCAGUUUCACCACGAAGCUGUUCCACGCAUAUUUACUCCACAACUUUCAAUCCCUGCUUUUCUGGGAAGAAUGCUUGUUGGGAUACCAACAAUACUGCUUGUAAAGUUUUGCAGCAAGGCUCUAGCAAAAUGGGUUCUUCCAGUCAUAUCGAACACUUUGGGAAUCCCAAUAAGAUCAACCAGCUACGUUCCAGCAUUAUCUGCAUCAAAUAAUGGGAAAAAGUCGGCUGAGUUUAAGCAAGCUGGUUAUCUCCAAAAGUUUUUCUUUUUCUCCAAACAAGAGUCUUUUGAUGUUGAUACAGGUAUAAGAUUUAUUCAAUAUGCUGGCCUUGCUUGGUCUGUGGUAGAUCUUGUUCCAUCCAUUUUCUCUUACCUGAGAUUGUAAUUGUUGAUGAUUUUUGUAUAAUGUAAUUAGCAUAUAUAAAUCUUAGGCUGUUUCAAUAGGAAUAUAUAUUAUGCAUUCAAUUUUUGUAAAAAUCAUAUAUUAUUUCUAGCCAGGACAAACCAUUCGUCUAAUUUAAGAUGGAUGUCAUUUUGCGAUUAUAACAAUGCACUCAAAUCGUCUAUUAUGCGUUAAGCAAGAAAUUUGAGCCUUGAGAAAUAACAAGUAGCAAGUUAUCUUAUUA